AUGAAGCUUUUCAGUACUUUUUUCGCUUUUCAAUCUUUUUCUUCUGCCGACCCAGCUGGACCUAGAGGAAGAACAACAUGUCAAGAUUUUAAGAUAGAGAAAAAUGUCGAUUACCCAGGGAACGACAUUGCGUCAAUCAGAAUUUCUCCAGCAACUGGUCAAAGCGAAUGCGAACAGAAAUGCCGCUUGACCGUCGGCUGCGUUGGGUACACCCUCACCGGCCGACAGGCGAUCCCUUCUCUUUCCAAUCGCUGCUUCUUGAAAUCCGAUGUAAGCACAAAAUAUGCUCGGCCUGGUUUAAUUUCCGGAACGAUGACGGAUUUGAGCGAAUAUGAAGGAAACCCUUUUAUGAUCAACAAUUGCAAGGCGAUUCUGGCGGAGAGACAUUGCUCUUUUAGAGCUUCUGACUGCUCUGCUAGUUUUUACGUAGAUUCGUCUUCGUCAAGCUUUAGUGAAGAAGAGGAAUGCUUGUUUGGAUAUAAGAAGGACUCGAUGGGUUGCGUGAUGGAUGCGUGCAUUUGCAACAACGAAUCAGAAGGAGAAGUCCACUAUGGAGACAUUGUUGUCAACAAGAAAAUGCAAACUAUGAUGGCCGCCCCGGAUAAUACCGAGGAUAUGAGAGCGGCUGAUAUCAGCGUUGCAAGAUGGACCCAGUAUAAGCAAGGAGGCAAUGUAUACAUCCCUUACCGUAUUUCCUACCUCGGAGCAGCGGGACAAACAGCUGCUCUCGCAGGGAUGCGACUUUUGGAAGCCGGAACAUGCCUUCGUUUCCGACAACGAAGCAAUGAGCGAGACUUUAUGGACUUCUUUGUUGGCGGCGGAUGCUAUUCUCCCGUCGGAAGACAAGGAGGAGCGCAGCGAAUCUCCCUGGGAAAUGGUUGCAAUUAUGACUAUACGGCUGCUCAUGAGAUUAUGCACUCUUUGGGUUUUUGGCACGAGCAAAUGCGCCCUGAUCGGGAUUCAUACGUCCAAGUCAAUAUGCAAAACGUCUCCCCAGGAAUGCGCUACAAUUUCAACAAGAUCCCAACUUCAAGCUGGAAUUCCUUCGGUCAAGCUUUUGAUGUCCGCUCAGUGAUGCAAUACAAUGGCUAUGCGUUCUCACAAAAUGGCCAGCCAGUUUUGAUUGACAGGGCUACUGGAAGACCGAUCGGCUGGAACACAAAAUUGACCGCUUCCGAUUAUGCGCAAAUAAACGCACUCUACGGCUGUGGCUCUACUCCGACUCCCAGUCCAACAACGAGACCUACUGCUGCUCCGGGAACAACAACGAGAACAACGACAAGAGCCACAGCGCCUCCAUCAACAUGUUCUGAUUACAGCGGCUACGAAGGCCAGUGUGCAACUUGGAGAGCAUAUGGAUACUGUAGCUCCUACAGUAGAACUUCGAUGGAAUACUACUGCAAGAAGACUUGCGGUUUUUGCUCGGGCGGAUCGUGCACCGAUCAAAAUCAAUACUGCGCUUCAUGGGCUGCCUCGGGCGAGUGCUCCAAAAACCCUGCUUACAUGCUCCAGUCAUGCAAAAAAUCUUGCCGCCAAUGCUAA